CCGGCCGCAGCUAGGCCGCCACAGCCCCGCGCGGUUGCUAUGGAGACGACGGCGCUGCCGCCCUGCGCAUGCGCCUGCCCCCUCCGGCGCGUUUCCGGCAGACCAGAAGCUUCGGUAGCGCGGGGCGCUGAGGGCUCAGUGGCGGUGAUGGAGCGUUACGGUCAGACGGUGCUGAGCGCGGCCUCCGCGCCCGACUUUAGGCAAAAUGAGGGUUCAUUAACAUCAACUUUAAGAACACUUCUAUUCUUCACAGCUCUAAUGAUCACAUUACCUGUUGGGCUAUAUUUUUCAUCAAAGGCUUAUGUAUUUGAAGGUACCUUAGGAAUGUCCGACAGAGACAGCUAUUUUUAUGCUGCCAUAGUCGCUGUAGUUACUGUUCAUGUGGUACUUGCUCUCUUUGUAUAUGUAGCAUGGAAUGAAGGUUCUCGACAGUGGCGGGAAGGCAAACAGGACUAGAAUGAAGAUCAUCGUCAUGUGAUGCCUACAGACUGUAAAUUAAAUUUUUCUGAGCUGAAGGAAAAGCAUUCUUCAAAAUGUAUAAUACACGUGUACAAAGGUGAGGCUAAUGCCUCAGCUCUGGUUAGAAUAAGACUUGUGCUCAUCUUGAAUGUGUACCAGUGUUUUCUUUAAUGCUGAUGGAAGUUGUUCUUUAGCCAGGCUCUGCUAGGUGGAGCUGAGGAGGUCUUUACCUGGAAUUAGAAUGAAAUAAUUAUAUAUUUUUUAAAAAAAAUCUUGUAGCUAUUUUUUGCUCUUCCUAGUAUUUUUCUGGCUUGCUCUGAACAUAAUAUUGGCAUGAAGCAAGCAUUACACUUUCAAGUAAUUAAAUUGCUAGUUUAAAAGGGUACAUUACUCACUUUCCAACUACAAUGGAAAAGAUGGGAUUUCACUUUGCUGUGGAUAGUUUCCUGAUUUGUGGGUGUCAUGGUUCAACCCCAGCUGGCAACUAAGCACCACACAGCUGCUCACUCACUCCCCACAAUGGGAAGAGGGAGAGAAUCAGAAGAGUAAAAGUCAGAAAACUUGUGGGUUGAGAUAAAGACAGUUUAACAGGUAGAGUAAAAGCCAUGUGCGCAAGCAAAGCAAACCAAGGAAUUCAUUCACUGCUUCCCCUCAUCAGGCAGGUGUUCAGCCAUCUCCAGGAGAGCAGAGCUCCAUCACGCAUAAUGGUGACUUGGGAAGGCAAAUGCCAUAACUCCAAAUGUCCCCCCCUUCCUCCUUCAUCCCCCAGCUUUAUAUUGCUGAGCAUGAUGCCACAUGGCAUGGAAUAUCCCUUUGGCCAGUUGGGGUCAGCUGUCCCCACUGUGUCCUCUCCCUACUCCUUGUUCACCCCCGGCCCUCGCUGGUGGGGUGGGGCAAGGAGCAGAAAAGGCCUUGACUCUGUGUGAGCACUGCUCAGCAAUAACGAAAGCAUCUCUGUAUUAUCAACACUACAUAGCCCCAUACUAGCUACUAUGAAGAAAAUGAACUCUAUCCCAGGAAAAAAAACAGCACAGUGUGACAGACAUAAAUAAUAUAUUUCAGAGUUUAGAAGUAAUUGAAAAAUACAACUGGUUAGAAACUCAGGUCAUGUUUUUCUAAUGUGAAAUACAAAAUUUCUUUUCAUUUUCAUAUGUAUUUUUUUAUUACAGUGUAAAAGUCACUCUUUUAAUUUCAUUUUGGGAGGAUUUUCAUGUUACUGCAUUGCUAGUCUUUCACUCUUCUACAGUUAAUCUUGAUGAUGCAGAGAAAAUGGCAGAGCAUUUUUUUAUGUCUUUACAUCUGUGUGUCUCCUUGGUAAUUGCUAAAGGAUGUAGUUGGAUUUCAUGUGGUAAAGUAAUAUCAGUAACAGCUGUAAGCCACUCUAAUGGCUAGUAGAGGAAUAAGGAGGAGAAAACAAGCUGUAGCCAUCUGCAGGUGUCCUUUAUGAAGCGGAACACAAGAGUGAUCACAUGGAAUAUUUGCUUCUCUUCAUAAAUAUUAACUUGUAGACUGUGAAAUGAUACAAUAUGUUGAUUGUUUUCUUUUUUCUAAGUUAUGUGUAGAAACUUUGUGUCCUCAAACCACAGUGAGAUUUUUGUGUUGUAGGAUAACCUGAAUUUCACUUCACUGUUGUACUGUUCUUAGCAAGCUUUUUAGUCUGGAGAUGAAACAUUUUUCUUCAGGUUCUAGCAGUGCAUAGAACUUUCCUAACACUGAUGAUAACUGUUAAGCUGUUGUGCUUGAGGUCGUUCUGUUAAUUUGAGUUUUCCAGUUUGUUGUAUUAGUUGAGCCUUUUUUGGAAGCGUUUUGCUUAAUAUAGGGCUUGGAAUGGUUUUGGUGCUUCAUUUGUCCAUGGUAAAACUUACCUAUAAAUGCAACAAAAAUCUGUUACCCAUGCCCAGUGGCCUGCAGAAUGUGUUCCCAGGUCUCAUUCAUCUCAUCUCCACCCCCAUCCCAGGUGUGCAUGAGCGUAUACACCAUGUCACACUAACACAAAUUAAUUUCUACAUUUUGCUUCCUAAAUGUUAACUUUUUUCUUCCAGAAGCCCAUUGUCAGGUUGCUGUCAGCGAACUGGAGAACGGUCUCAUAGUACUUGAAAAACAACUUUAGGUUGUACGUUGGCAUGUUGGCUUCCUGUUCUCCAGUAUAUGAACUGUACACUGUUGAACAAAUACUGCCUUUUAAUAAAAAACUACCCUGCAAUACAAAAUCCAGGAAACAAGCACUUGUGCUUAACACGUUUCGGAUAAUCUCUUUAAUACUGCUUAUGUAUUAAAACGAUGCUCAGCUUACAACAAAUAGAUCAGGUGUGGCACUGUUCAGUAGCUUUUUUUUUUUUACUCUAUUUGUAGUGGAGAAUAAAUGGGAACAUAAUUGUCAUGCUUUACUAGCUGGGUCUUGUGCUAUAUGUAUUCUGUGUUUCACAUAGCAGGAUCCUUAGACACUAAGUUAAUUUCCUAGGAAUAAUAGGGAAGUAAUUGCUUAUUAUAAUUGUUUAAUUACAAAAAUCUGAAAAGUUUGACCUGUGCUAUAAGUUUAGGCACUAUAAUGUCUCAGCAGCUGAGGGUAACGAGCUGAGCGUUAAUCCAUCCAUUGGAAUAUAAUGCUUUGAUCCUCAGUGUUCUCCUUUUAAAAAGAGGCAACACGUGAGUCUCUGCAUAGCAACAGCCAUGUACUGGGUUUUUGUUGCCUAUGCUUGGAAGCUGAAACAACCACUCAGGUAAGUGGUGCAACGAAAACAGUUAAGCGGUGGAAUUACACCGUGACUAGGGAGCUCAAAGGACAGAAACUGCAGCCGUACAAUGUAGAGUGUAAAUGGAGUGGAUACCCUACUGGGACUUCGGUUGUGCCUUACCAAUACUAAGAUUUAUUAUAUUUCACGAGCUUUGUUGUGUUCUCUUUAGGUUGAGUGUUCCCUUUCAUGUAUCUGAUGUUCCUGUUAAAGCAAAUUCUCCUGUCAAUUUUUAAUUGUUUAAUGGCCAUUGUGAUUCUUACAGAGUUUAAAUAAUGCAGUACAAAUAUGGAAAGUGAUCAGAGUUGUGGAGUGAUUAAUAUUGUUGUUGCUUUGUUUUUUAUUUUCUAUAAAAUGAUGUCUUUUAAA